AUGGCUUUUAAGGGAAGUAUAUCUCCCAUGCCUGAUACUUCAAAUGAGGAAGGAAGUGGCUCUGGUUCAACCCCAAAUCCAAGUACUGAACAAGCUGGAACCAACAGUCCAGAACGAGCAAGUGACCUUCUUCUUGUAGUGUCUUUUUAUGCAGAGCCAGUGAGAACAAAGAUCAUCGAGCUUUCUGGUUCAGCCAUGGAUGAGUUAACGAAGCUGGCUGUUUCAGAAGGAAUGUUUUGGCAGCCCAAACAGAACUAUGAAACCCUAGAUGCAGUUCAAUAUAUUAGGCACUUUGGGAAUGUUGAUGGAACUCUGAAUGAGAUCAUCAAGAUGGUUGAGAUUGGUGAGCCUGAAUAUUUACCCUUCUUUAACUCUUGCCCCAUUGAAACUGAAUUGAAUCUCAAGCAGGCUACUCCGGCAGAAGCUUACGAGGUUGAAGCUUCUCGAGAUUCUGCUUAUGUUAGAAUGAACCCAAUCGAGAUUGCUGAAUGGCUUAUGGAUGUGGAGAAAUGGUCGAAUGUGUUUUACAAAAUAGUGUCAAGAGCAAUGAAUCUGGGAAUUUUGUUGGAUGGAGUUGAAGGGAGCUUAGAUGGAAGAUUGCAAGUUAUGAGUGGGGAAUUCCAUGUGCCGUCAGCGCUGGUGCGUACAAGAGAGUGUUAUUUUGCAAGAUACAGUAAGAAGUUAUCUGAUACGACUUGGGCCAUCGUAGACGUAUCCUUGGAGAAGUUUUUUCCUCAUCCAUCCAUCAACAUUCGAAGAAGGCCUUCUGGAUGCUUCAUCCAGUUCAUGCCCCAUCAAGGAUUCUCUAAGAUUACGUGGGUGGAGCAUGUGGAAGCAGACAACAGAAAUCUAAACUCCACAUUCAAAGACAUAAUCAAAUCAGGUUUUGCUUUCGGAGCAACUCGUUGGGUUUCUGCUAUAGUUCGCCAAUAUGAGUACUCUCAAACUCUCAAAGCAAAAUACUCCCCUCCUGAAGAUGCAGUGAAGAGGAUAGGAGAAGCAGGAAGAAUGGGUAUGGUGAAGGUAGGAGACAGGAUGAUGAGGAAGUUGUGUAGUGAGAUGAGUGGAGCCAUGCGAAACCAGUGGUUCCGAUUGCCUCCAUCUUCCUCAGAUAUUGAAGACGUGAGGGUGGCCAUUAGAGAGCACGAAGCUAAGCCAGGAAAAACUUCUUCUACGACACUCAUCUUCUCCACUUCUCAGUGGUUUCCCAUCGCCCCUCGCCGAUUAUUCGACUUCCUUCGUAGUGCCGAUAACAGGCCCAUGUGGGAUUUGCUUUCGCGGGGAUUUUGUGUUCAAGAACUGUCGUACGUUGCUAAGGGAAAAGAUUCGGCAAAUCGUGUUUCUCUAUUGCAAGUCACCGAUGACAUGGACCAUUAUGUGAUAAACUACAUUCAAGAGAGCCACACGGACAUAAGUGGGUCCUAUGUGGUUUAUGCACCAAUGGACAAAUCAGCGGUAACAGAACUACUGGAGGGAGGAGACCCAGAAAAAGUGGGCAUAUUACCUUCAGGUUUUGCCAUUCUCCCAGAUGAGAUCCCAAUGGACGAUGGACCCCACAGUGGGGUCGCAAGUAUUCUCACUGUUUCAUUUCACAUAUUUGACUAUAACUCUAUUAAAUCAGCUGUGCCUUCUCAAUCAUUGCAUGUCAUUAAGAAGGUUCUCAGACGAACUUUUGAGGCUGUUAAAGCUUUUGUGUUCAGUGCCAGAAUAUGA